GCUAGCCAGCUUUUGCCGGAAGGGAUCCUGGCUGACAUGGCGGAGGACCCGCAGGGCGGCGGUGCGGGUGGCCCACAGCACCCAGUCCCCAGUGGGAGCCACAGCAGCUUUCCAGAGUACGAGCUUCCCGAGUUGCACACGCGCGUGUUCCACGUCGGCGCUUUUGGGGAGUUGUGGCGCGGUCGACUAGGAGCCCAGGAUUUGUCGCUGAACGAACCGCAGGCAGCCGCUCAGCCGACGGACGGAGAGGCAUCCAACAACGGCUUUGAGGAUGCUGCGGUAGCUGAGGAUCUGGGUUGCAGUCUGGAGGCAGCGGCAGAGCUGAGGGUCGUGUGCGGCCUUGAUAAACUGAGAUGCCUCUCGGAAGAUGAAGACCCAGAAGUCAUCCCAGAGAACACCGACCUAGUGACUUUAUGUGUGAGGAAGGGGCUCUUAGACUAUCGGGAAGAAAACAUCACGAUAGAUCGUGCCUGUAGACAAGAAACGUUUGCUUAUGAAAUGGAAUCUCAUGCACUAGGAAAAAAACCUGAAAAUCCAGCAGACAUGAUUGAAGAAGGAGAGUCUAUCCUAUCUGUGAACAUCUUAUAUCCGGUUAUAUUUAAUAAGCACAGAGAACACAAGCCAUACCAGACAGUGUUGGUAUUGGGCAGUCAGAAGCUCACGGAACUGAGAGACUCAAUUUGCUGUGUCAGUGACCUCCAGAUUGGUGGAGAAUUCAGCAAUGCCCCAGACCAGGCCCCCGAACACAUCAGCAAAGACCUAUACAAGUCAGCUUUUUUUUAUUUUGAAGGAACGUUUUACAAUGACAAAAGAUACCCGGAAUGCAGAGACUUGAGCAGAACUAUAAUAGAGUGGUCAGAGUCCCAUGACCGAGGAUAUGGAAAAUUUCAGACCACUAGAAUGGAAGACUUCACAUUCAAUGACUUGAAUAUUAAACUUGGCUUUCCUUACUUAUACUGUCACCAGGGAGAUUGUGAGCAUGUUGUUGUCAUCACAGACAUAAGGCUUGUGCAUCAUGACGACUGCUUGGAUAGAACACUUUAUCCCCUUCUUACCAAGAAGCAUUGGCUAUGGACUAGAAAAUGUUUUGUCUGUAAGAUGUAUACAGCUAGAUGGGUGACAAACAAUGACACCUUUGCACCAGAGGAUCCAUGUUUUUGUGAUGUUUGCUUCAGAAUGCUCCACUAUGAUUCCGAAGGCAACAAACUAGGGGAAUUCCUUGCUUAUCCUUAUGUUGACCCAGGAACCUUUAAUUAAUACCACUAAAAUAUAUAUACAUAUUUUUCCUACUGCAGUUUAGUUAAAGUUACAUUAUUUAUUACAAGGGGUUAUGGCUUUUUACUUCAGUUGUUUGUUACUGAGAUGUAGAAAUGUUUUGAAUAUAUAAACAUUGUCAGAAACACAACUUCUGAUUCUUUUCUCUUGAGUCCUAUGAAUUUUGUACCCUGAGUGGACUUUGCUAAUGAAAGAAUGCAGUUAAUAAUGCAUCUUCUGGGGUAGUCUAUUGAAAGAAAUCUUUGAAGGAUAUAAGAGCUACUCCUUCUACUGUGAAGCUUCCAAGGUAAAGACCCUUUAAAUAUCUGUAGUAAGGAGGAAUUACAAACAAAUUAUUUGAUAAGCAACACAAAAUCAAGAAGAGUUACAAUUUAACAUUGGGCUCAUAUCUUUAAAGCAGACAUUAGGCACACGAGAUGACAAAAUGAAUCUAAGUCACACAGUGUAAGUGAGGCCUCAUUUCUUGAAAGAAUCACAGAGAUAGGUGCACCAAGUUUUGAUUGUCAUUUAAAGCCAUGGCUGGAGAAAACAAUGGCAGACUUACAUUACCAUGGACAUGUCAAAAUUGCUAAGAAAAGCUUUUUCCUGGCUCAGCUCCUCCAUUCUUCUGUCCCCUUAGCAUAGCAAAGGCUUCUCAUUCUGAGCUAUAGAAAAAGAACACUUCUAAACAAAUCUAACAGAAUAUUUUAUGGAAACUUUUGGGGUAGAAAAUUAUGUGUAUAAUAGUAAUAUAAAAUAGACUUUGAACUAUUA